UUCUAGAAACAUGUAUGCCCCAUCAACAUCAAAUCCCAUUGCGCCUACUUGCAUUAACAAGUCUUCAUCAUUCCUCUAUUUAGGCAUUGUACAAAAGGAAUACAGAUAACCCCUUACCUCGUACGCUGGAUCUGCAACAGCUCAUAAUCACUCACAUCUCUUCAUAAUAUACCCACAUUAAAUUAUACAGUACCCCUCACUGUUACUCCUUGCCCCUCCCUAAAUUCUCCAAUCCCAUGCUUGGACUGCACAACUUCCGAAGAAAAACGUGUGUGCUGAUGUGAUGUUAUACAUGGUGGUAUAGUAUGGCAUGUAUGGCCCAGCAGAGAGAGUAGUUGUAUACUAGUAGUAGUGUUUGUUUGUGCAUUCAUGUGGUUGUAAAAUCACAGGAAUUGACAGGAGCUUACCUUGCUUUCAGGAUUGAGAAGUGGCAAGGAAGUGAAGUCCUGUUCUUGUUGUUAUAGACUUGGAUAUCAAGCCCCCCUCCUCCUCCUUCCCCUUCAAGUACAUUACAAGGGACCCCUCUAGACAACCCGAAUUCCAUUUGUAUCAAUAAUUUUGAUCCACCCAUUUGAUCUUGGAUGUACAUCUCACUGUAGAGCCAGAUCUGUAUAUCAAAAGGUGCAGUAGAUUCUCAAAAAACUGUUUUGUACAGGCAUCUUGGUUUAAACUAAAUGCUCCAAGGUUUUAGACUCGGGAUUGUGCUACACAAAUUUGGCAACUGGAGAUUAAAGACGAGCAUGUUUGGAUGUCCAGAGAAAGGGAACAGUUGGAGAACUUUCAGUCAUCUUCCAGAAGAGCGAUUUAUCAUAAGCAAGCAGAUGCGGAUCGAAUGGGGAGGAGACAAAUACUGGGACCUCCUGGGGCUUUGAACACUACAACUCCCUGUGCUGCUUGCAAGCUUUUGAGGAGAAGAUGUGCUCAGGAAUGCCCAUUUUCUCCUUAUUUUUCUCCUCAUGAGCCUCAGAAAUUUGCCUCAGUUCACAAGGUGUUUGGAGCAAGCAACGUCUCCAAGAUGCUCAUGGAAGUUCCUGAAAGCCAAAGGGCAGAUGCAGCCAACAGCCUAGUUUAUGAAGCCAAUGUGAGGCUAAGAGAUCCAGUGUAUGGAUGCAUGGGAGCAAUCUCUCAAUUGCAACAGCAAGCACAGACCCUCCAGGCAGAACUCAAUGCAGUGAGAGCAGAGAUUAUGAGAUACAGAUACAGAUCAGAACAGGUAGCAGCAGCAGCUGCCAUGCAACAUCAGCAGCAACAGCCUCCUCACUCACCACAUACUUCAAUGCUGCCAAUGCCUGCAAAUUCAUCUAUGUAUUCCCCAGGAAGUGCAUCUACAGACUACACUAGCAUGUCCCAUGACCAUUCUUAUUUUGGCUGAUGGAUCAAAUCAAUCAAUCAACCAAUUACAAGAGUGCCAACAUAAGCUUUUAUACAAGAGCUGCCUGCCAUUCUCACAGUGAGGGGGUGAGCAUUCUUCUUCUUUUGUUUCAAGGUAGAGAGAGGUUGAUGGUAGUGUUCUAUAUAUUUGUGAAGACCCAUAUCUCACAUUCAUUCAUAUUGAAUAAUAAAACUUCAUAGUGUUAUUGUACAGGUGCCCUUGAGGGGACCUCCUCCUAUCUAUGUCAUUCUAUUCUGAGCUGAAUUUGCAAUUGAAUUCAUUUUGGUAUUAUGCAAAUAUAGAUAAAUGACAAUGAAGAGAUUUUUA